CAAGGACAGAUAGAGAAAUUAGUUCACCUUUUCACCGCUAUGUUUCGAUAGUAUUUCAUAAAUUUCACAAUAAUUUCAUGAAAAUGAGAUUACUAUAACGAUGAAAAAAGAUAUCGUGAUAUCGCUAAAAAUAUAUUUUUCUCAAAUGCAUAAUCAUUAUCGGACAUCGUUCGUCAAACUGUAUCUGAAUAGUCGCAGUCUGUCGUGAUAUACAUAAUGAGGAUUGAACGAUUCUCUUCUUAUUAUUACUGUAUAUGAAUCUUUCAGAAGUCAGAUUGAUCAACUCUGUUUUUUGUUGAUUUCCUAUUUCCAUUACAUAAGUAAUCAAUGUUUAAUUUUCAAAAAAUAAAUGUAAAUAAAUUCUAAGGUGAACUUAGAAGGUAGUAUCUGUAAUAUUAUCGGUAGACUGCGAAUUUUGAUCUACUUAAAGAAAAUUUAAAACUAUAAAAAUGCACAAAAUAUAUAUAACAUAAAAAAUAUAUAUACAAUAUCCAAAAUAUGAUACUCGUUGUAAUACUUAGCGAAUGAAACAAAUCUCUACUUAGGUUACACUUCAUUAGUUGUGUUAGUAGACUAAUCGUUACUUUUCUGUAGCUUUCCAUUUAUACAGUUGAUCAAUGUGGUUUCUGAAGGGCUCAUAUAUCAAUGUGUAUGUAGGUCCCUGCAGAAGUGCAGAAAACGAAUGAUGGCGGUGGUGAGGGGUGAGAACGUCGAGGCCGGUGCACCCUUACCACGUAGCAUCGCGUGCAGCAGCAGCAGCAGCAGCAGCCCGUCCUCUUUUCUACGUGUAUGUAUCAUCCUUAGUGGAGGGGGUGAGAUUGGUGCCAUUUCAGUGACGUCAGAGUCGAUCGUCAGGCGCAAACUGGGGGUUUGCGCCCACCAUACUACGUCAGAAUGACGAGCCGAUAAACUACCUAUCAGGUUUUUCUGCGGCGGGCGGGCCAACGGUCUUAGGGUGGCCGCCGUUGGUUUGGCCGACGAUGGCGAACUCGGCGGGGACGACGGUCGACGGCAUCGACGUCGGCGAGAAUGACGGUACGACAGGUGUAACCGGUGGCGGUCCUAGGAAUCCUCUCAUCUGCGGUGUCUGUCAUGACUAUUACAACGAGCCUUGUCUGCUGUCCUGCUUUCACACCUUUUGUGCCCGCUGCAUCUGUGGCCCUCAUCUUGAGGGAAAAGUCUCCUGUCCCAUCUGCGGGCAACAGACACAGUUGAAAGAUGGAGCACAACAACCACCUCCUGAUCAGCUGAUACGUCAGCUAGUUGAGUUGGCAAACUCUGAGAAUCCACCUUGUGCCAACUGUGAUAAACGGGAUAAGUCUACUAUGUUUUUUUGUACAACAUGUGGACAAGCUUUGUGUACACACUGCAGGGAGAAUACCCAUCGUGCAAAGAUGUUCUCCACACACGAGGUGUUACAUAUGAGCAAAUGCACCAAGGAUACACAACGUCGUUGCCCGACCCAUGGAGAACAAUACAUAAUGUAUAGUCAAAGUGCCAAGUGCAUGCUCUGUGCUACUUGUUUUCGCGACACUCCUGCGGAUGCGAGGCUUCACUGUGUUGAUAUUGAAAGUGCCUGGCAACAGGCUUCGAAGAAGAUGGAACGAGCUGUUAAUUCCAUUUGUGAGCUGCAAGCUGGUGUGCGAGACGGAGUGUUGGCUUUAAAAUCACAAUUGGAUGAACUACGACAUAGUUUGGAUUCCGAAAAAAGGACAUUGAAUUCUUUCUGUCAGGGAAUGCAGGAGGCCAUAACGAAGACGCACGGAAGUACUCUGACAGAAUUGCAGCGACAGUUUGAAACGAAGGAAAGGAUGGUUCGAAGCCAAUUGCUUUCAUUAGGUAGCGCACUUCCUGUGCUGCAGAUGCAUUUAAUGCUAUGCACUGCCUUUACUAGCGGCGCGACGAAAUAUCAAUUUCUCGAGCUAGCCCAUCCAAUGUUGGAACGACUAAGUCGAGUCGCGCAAUUAGGAUAUCCAUCGAGGCCGCCUCUGCUGACUGCGCAUCUGAAGACUAACUAUAAGAAUGAAUUUGCUCGCGCACUGCAACCAUACGUCGGUCAGUCCCAGAAGGAAUCAUUAUAUGACCAAACUCACACGACGGCUCAACAGGAUCCGCCAGUGAUUCAGAGCAGCAAGUCUGCUCAGAGGAUUCCAACCAAGAGCGGGACCGACGGUGGACCGUUUUCCAGUCACUGUCGAACGUUUGAUAGUCAGCUGAAGGAAUUGAAUCAGCAGUUGCUCACUGUGAAGGAACGUUUAGAAGAAUUACAUCGUGAUGUGGCAGUUCUGAGAAGAGCUAACACACCUCCGUUGGGCAUACGUUACGAACAGGUGGCGAGGGAUUGUCGGGUGCUAGAGCAACAAUUAGAGCAUUAUCAGAUGGAACUAGAACGUCUUAGAAACGUGUUCGAUACACUUUGGGAUGAACAGUUAUGUAGAAUUCACAUAGAAAAAGAAAUAUUCCAUUCUCAGAUGAACGAUAUCCUAUCAUUGAGAAGUCAGGUAAAACAAUUGCAGAAUCUUGCUCAACAAUUAGAACCAUAUAUAAAAUCUUUUGCAACCGGAGUUAGUGCUGGUGAAGUAAGCAUGAUAGCCUCUGAUGCAGCUAGUAAUCAGCAUUUGCAGGCGUUAUUGGAUCACUUGGCACGUUUACAAAUGCAGGAACCACCGCAACCGCAAACCCAAGCCCCGACCAAGGAUCAUCGACAUUCGCGUACUACUGCAACUAGUGCAGAUAAUGCGCUUUACAUGAAAGAAACGAAGGAGUUACCAACACGUUGCCGUACUCCUUCCGCUGAUGUCGAAGCUGUCUUGGAUUCGAGUGGGAACAUUGUUGUCUAUGGCACGGCCAAGUCAACGGACUCGAAAAGAGGAAUGCUUAGCCAAUUGAUCGAAAAAGCUAGAAGUAAAGAAGAUCGUAAGAAAUCGCCAGGAAGAGAGGAAAGUCGUGAUCGCAGUCAGAACCGACGACCAAGGAAGUCUCCCGAUAGUACGAAGCCUAAAACACCGCCUGGUCACUGGUCUGCCAGCAAAGUACGAUCUUUGUAUCGAUCUCUGAAGGGUGGCAGUGGAGAUAAUUCUGCCGAGGGACUCGAUCAACCAGAAAGGUGCACGGAUUCCCAGCAACCACAGUCGCAUACGACUGCAGGGGAAGAAGGAGAAUAUCAACGAAUUUCGGAGGCGUCCAGCACGGGAGAGGUGAAGAAACGAGUUCAGGCUCAGGUACACGCGGUUCCCGACGAGCAAUCGAUUCCUGCAGGCAAGAGAACCAAGGUGUAUCCGGCUAGUGAUUCGGAGGAUGUGUUCUACGCGGAUGAGAAGGCCUCGACGGAAGUGAGGAGACGUCGACGUGCGAGCUGUGACAGCCUAAGUACCACCGGCUCGGGAAGCAGGCGAUCGAGUAUUAUCGAUGGGACGGUAGGUCAAUCCGCGCAGGAUCCCAGGAAAACAAUGGUUCUUUUGAUCGAGCCUACACCGAAGUCGUCGUCUCUGGUGCAGAAGCAGCGUUCCUGGGAAACAUUUCCUCGGCCAAAAAGCAAACGCAGUGUAACGGCCAGCGAGGGGGGAACCUCAUCUCUUAGCCAGCUGAAGAAAACGGACAGUUUCGAGGGGCACGAGGAAACCGUGAGAACACUGGUGGCGGCCGUACAGGAGACAAGGUCACACCUGCAUCAUCGUCACGUGCAUCAUCAUCGUCAUCACCGAAAGAGCAAGACAAAUUAAAAUGAUUCAAGGGAACCCAUGGUGAAGGUUUCAAAGAAGCUUUCUUUCAAGAGGUAUCCAGCCCGGAUGGCCAAAGUGCAAAAGUAGAUGUUAAGUAGAAGGAAAAUUAUAUCGAAAUAAAAGUAUUUACUAGGUUGUUCUGAGUAGUUAGGCUGCGUUUGGUUAUCCGGGAAGGAAUCGAUACCCUCCAAAAUAAUGCCUAGCAUACAUCGGGGAAAGUAUUACAGAAGGACUGUACUUUUUCGAUCGAUAACACAUUGUUAUUGGUAGAAAGAAAAUAAUACAUUGUUACGCAAAAUGGUACUACGAGGAUUUUGUUCCAAGUAUUUUGAGCGUUUUAUUAGAGGUAUUAUAAUAAACAUAAAGGGCAUUUCGUGUGAUGUAUAUAAUACCACAGACGAAGAUGAUCUUACGAAUUAGGAAUCGUUUAUCGCUAUAAACUGCCAUUGAUUAAAGCACCUUCGACAAGUGCAUGUUUUUACUUUUACGAGACAUUGUAAAUUUUUCGAAUGUUUUAUUUCUCGGUCUGGACCAAGAAGUGUUUUCAACGUUUAUAUAAUCAUCUUGUAUAAUUGAUCGAGUAAUUUCUACUCCCAUGUAUGUCUAGUCAGAGUUGUUUCAGGGUCAACCAGCCUUCAACGUAGAGCAGUCUUCAAUUUUUUAUCGAACAGCGUUUUGAUUGCACUUUAAAGCGCCGAAGGUCAUAAUAUUGCUGCCAAUAGUCAAAUAAUACGUAAAAAAAGUAUACAUAUUACAUAUACGUAUAUAAAAGAGAAAAAAAGAAAUUAAUAAAUGAUACUCUUACUGUUGAUGCAAUCCUUACAUGGUGCAUAAACAUUCAGAGGCUCAAAAUAGGAUUAUAGGGAUACGUCGAUAAACUAUAUGUGGGUAUACAUACAGUUACGAUUUAAUUAAUACCACUACUACUAUUACUACUACUACUACUACUAUUACUACUACUACUACUACUACUACUACUACUACUACUACUACUACUACUAUUACUACUACUACUACUACUACUACUCCUACUCCUACUACGAAAAAGUAUAAGAAGGAAAUAAGCAAGAAGCAGAGGAAGAAGAAGGAAAGUGGAAAUGAAGGAAAUAAUUUCCCAUACUGCUCAAAUCAUGUGUUUUCUUUAAUUUGAAAUUAAGAUUGGAUUAAGAGGAAUGGAUUUUGUAAAGUGAACGAUUGAAAUUGAAUCGUAAAAA